AUGUGGGGAGAAUGCUACAACAGCCAAGGACAUGUGCUGGGGAAGGGAGGGGACGCCAGGAACAUCGGAGAGGCGAGGGGCGACCACCGCCGGUAUCUCGUCGCGGACGUCGCGAGACAACUGUGCUUCUCCUCUCAAGUUCCGGUGGCUGGAUCAAGCGGCGAAUCGGUUAAAGCAUUGCCACCCUUGUCCGCGUCGGGCAACACCCAUUGCCGUGGGGUCGCGCUUGCCAUCGCAGACGCGACCGCGACGAACGAGAUGGCAACUGCCGCAGCUGCAAGGAGGGGUGAGCGACGGCUUCGGGGCUGCUAUGAAUGGGACGAUUUGCUGUGCGCCUGCACCGAGGAGGUCCCGUAG